AUAAGUAGAAUACAUUUCGUUUAAAUAUGAAAUAAUAUUUAAUUUUAAUAAAUAAAUUAUUGUACAAUACCUGAUAAUAGUAUUUUAGAACCAUAUUUCUUAAGAUUUAUAAGGAAGCAAAUAUGUUUUCGUUUAUGAAAUUACUCAUUAAACCCACCACCUCAGAUUUAACCAGUCGGUUUAUAUCUUCUCAAGUGAAAACCGCCAUAGUUAUGUUGAACAUGGGUGGACCGCAACAUGUUGAUCAAGUUGGUGGUUAUUUAAAACGCAUAAUGACUGAUCGAGACAUGAUGCAACUACCAAUUCAAAAUACCUUGGGGCCAUAUAUUGCUAGAAGAAGAACAUCUGAUGUACAGAAGAAAUACGCUGAAAUUGGAGGUGGAUCACCAAUACUUAAAUGGACCAAUCUUCAAGGAAAAUUGAUGUGUGAAAAAUUAGAUAAAAUAUCUCCUAGUACUGCACCACAUAAACAUUAUGUAGCAUUUAGAUAUGUUGAUCCAUUAACUGAAACUACUUUGGAACAAGUUGAGAAAGACGGUGCUAAAAGAGUUGUACUGUUUUCUCAAUAUCCUCAGUAUAGUUGUGCUACCAGUGGGUCAAGUUUUAAUGCAAUUUACUCACAUUUUCUCAUAAAAAAAUUUCCUGAAGAUUUAAAAAUGAGCAUAAUUGAUCGAUGGGCAACACAUCCGUUAUUGAUUAAAACAAUAGGUUCAAGAAUAUCUGAUGAAUUAAAAAAAUUUUCCGAAAGUGAGAGAAACGAUGUUGUUAUACUGUUUUCAGCACAUUCUUUACCAUUGAAGGCAGUCAACCGAGGUGAUGCAUAUCCUUCAGAAGUGAGUUCAACGGUUCAUGCAGUUAUGGAAGAACUAGGUUAUGCUUAUCCUUAUGCUCUUGUUUGGCAGUCUAAAGUAGGUCCAUUACCUUGGUUGGGACCAUUCACUGAUGAUGCAUUAAAAGGCUAUGUGAAACAAGGGAAAAAAAAUUUUAUAUUAGUACCAGUUGCAUUCGUUAACGAACAUAUCGAAACAUUACAUGAACUUGAUAUAGAAUAUUGUAAAGAACUCGGGGAAGAACUUGGUAUCAAAAAAAUCCACAGGGCCGCUGCACCUAAUGAUCAUUCCUUGUUUAUUGAUGCAAUUGCCGAUAUAGUAUCACAGCAUCUUCGUGAAAACAAACCUGUUAGUCCAAAAUUUCUUUUAAGAUGUGCACAUUGUGUAAGUUCGCGUUGUUAUGAAUCCAAACAGUGGUAUUCAAAUGUCUGCAGGUCAACAUAAUGUAGUUAGAUUAUGACACAAAACUAUGUGUUGUCAAUGCAUUCAAAAGAACUUUUUAUUAAGGGAAAAUGGAAAUUUAUACCGGUUAAUAGAAAUGUAAUCAUACAAA